GAACGUUUUAAAUAAAUCUUUAGAUCAGCUGUUCAUUUUGAAAGUUUUUUUUUUUAGAGAAAUGAAAGUCUGGUAAUAUAAAUUUUUCUACCCAUUGUCAAAGCAUUUGAUUUUCUUCCAUUGAAUUAUUGUACUAUAAAUAGGGAAAUCACCAAAUUCGUUCAAAUUAUAUGCAUAUUUACAUUCAAGCAAUAAAUUUGAUCAACAUACAAACACAAGUUCGUCCUCCCUGUUCGUGAAAGCCACUAGUGCCGAUUAUAUGUUGGUUUGCGGAAAAUAUUUUAAAUUAAAUUAAAAUAAAUAAUCCUAAAUAUAAAAAUAGUAAUGGCUAGUGUCAAUACGAAUCAGAUUAGCGAUAAGGAUGUAAUGGAGCCCAGGCGAUAUCAAAUGGAACUCCUAAAUUAUGUCAUGCAACGGAAUGCUAUAAUAUAUCUUCCUACUGGCGCAGGCAAAACGUACAUUGCUAUAAUGGCUCUCAAACGUUUUUCACAUAAAAUGCAAGAAACAAUAGAAAAUGGUGGCAAAAGGGCGAUAUUUAUGUGCAAUACCGUUGAAUUAGCACGUCAACAAGCUAUUGAGUUGAAACGAUGCACUAACUUAAGUGUCGGUUUCUAUGUAGGAGAGCGUGACGUAGAUAACUGGUCUCCGAGGAAGUGGAAUGAUGAAAUCAAAAUCAAUCAAGUUCUUGUUGGCACAGCGCAAAUUUUCGUUGAUAUGCUCUCACAGAAUUUUAUUAAAAUUACUGACUUAAGUGUUGUUAUAAUUGACGAAUGUCACCAUGCAAGAAAUAAUCAUCCCAUGCAUGAGUUUAUGAGACAUUAUAGAAUGGCCACUAACAAAUCACAAUUACCGCGGGUGAUUGGUUUGACAGGCGUCUUAUUAAAGGGUAACAAACUGAACAAAAUACGUGAAGAGCUGGAAAAUUUAGAAGCCAUUUUCCACGGUAAAAUCGUCACAGUCAGUACCAUAGAAGAAUAUCAGAACGUAAUGACAUAUUCAACGAAACCCACAGAAAAACUCGUAGCAUAUACAAUGCAAACGCAUAUAUUUAAUUUAAUUGAAACGAUCAAACAGAUUAUCACUGAAUGUAUUAACAUGGUCAAUCAAUGGGAUUUAGGCGCAAUUAAAGUAAAGCAAUCCAAACAUUUGGGUAGUCUACGACAGCCGAAUAAAAAGGUUUUUAUAACAAAUCUCCUAAGUGAUUUCUUAUACCAAAUGAAUGAAUUCGGCUUAUAUGCAGCGGCUAUAGCUAUAAUGUCACCAAUAAUAGAAUUCGAACUUAAAAAACGUGCAGCCGAAACAAUGGCUUUGCGUAACCUUUACCGUUAUGUAAUCAGUAUAUGCGAAAAAAUACGUCAUAUGAUUAUCAAUGAAAUGAAAGAAGAAACUACUGAUCCAGAUGACGCAUACAACACCAUAGAUAUUAUAUUCAACUAUUCAACACCAAAAAUGCGUACACUACUGCUUUUAACAAAAGAACUAUUUUCAAAUAAAAAUCCAGCUGACAUACAUUGUUUGAUAUUCGUUGAGCGUCGGUACACAGCCAAGUGCGUAUACUUUGUACUGCAACAUUAUAUUAAUUUGGAGCCAAUACUGAGUAAAUCUUUACGUCCACAAUUUAUGGUAGGACGAAAUGCGGUUGUAGCAAGCAUAGAAAGUCUUCUUUAUCAAAAGUGGAACAAUAAGGCUAUCGAAAGCUUUCGCAAUGGCGAUUGCAAUUUACUCGUCUGUUCGAAUGUACUUGAAGAGGGUAUUGAUGUACAGGCCUGCAAUUAUGUUUUCGCUUAUGAUCCAUUAAAGACUUUUAAUUCAUACGUGCAGACAAAAGGGCGAGCGCGUUCUAGUGACGCCUUAUAUGCUAUAUUCACACAAAAAUUGGAGGAAGCAGCUGUGGUACAAAAAAUCAAAAGCUAUCAAGAAGCGCAUAAAAUCAUACAGAAUUUCUUGAUUGGCCGCAUUUUGGAUCGAGAUGAACCAAAAGAACAAAAUAUUGCUGAACAAUUUGAAGAUCUGAUUACACCAUUUAGAACGCAAAGCGGUGCCUAUUUAUUGGCUUCGAAUGCGCUAUCGCUAUUAUAUCGUUACUGUGCUCUACUACCUAGUGAUGCAUUUGGCUUAUCAACGCCGUGGUUUACGAAACAAACAUCAACGGGCAAUAAGAUACGUGUAACACUGCAUAUGCCGUUACAAUCUUCAAUAAAAUACACAAUAAUGAGCGAGGAAUUUCCUACAGCCAAACAGGCACAAAUCUCAGCAGCUUUUCAAGCAUGCAAAAUAUUGUACGAGCAAGGCGAACUUAAUGAGCGUUUAUUGCCGGUGACAAAAACGGAGUGUGUUGCCAAGGUGUCGGAAGAACUCUUUAGCCAUUGGAAAAAAUUCAAUGACAAUGUCACUGCCAAAACUGCGGGAAAACAACAACGCCGUCUCUACAAUCACAAAUAUCCAGACGAACUCUACAAUGCUGUACCACAGAUCAACGAAAUUUGCUAUGCAUACGAGAUACGUGCAUAUCCGCAAUUUAAAGCCGACAGUUAUACAGAGCAUAUAGCAACACUAUUAAAUACUAAUUGUAACUAUGCAAUUUUGACACGUAAACGAAUGCCAGCGCUCGCUGAAAUGCCACUCUUCAUGAAUCAGGGUAAACUAUCUGUAAAAAUUGCCGAACAACCGCUCACAUUAACAAUAACUAGUGAACAACAACUAAAACAACUAGCCAAAUUCCAUUUGAUGAUCUUCCGUGAUAUAUUGGAGUGCUGGAAAAGUUUUCUAGUGUUGGAUCGGCGCAAUCAAGAGAACGCAUAUCUUAUAGUACCACUCAAUAACGGUAAACUCGAUUGGGAAUUGGUGCAAAACUUUCAACGCCUCUUGCCACAACGUAGAUACAGUGUCAGCGAAAGGCAAAAAAAAAUUCAUAAACCAGAGGAUUAUAUAGGCAAGGUGAUUAAUAAGUGGUAUUCGGGGCGAGAUAAUCAAAGAUUUGUUGUAACCAAAGUGCUAACCGAACUAACGCCGCAAAGCGCUUUCGAUAACAAUCAAUUUUCCAGUUACAUUGAUUUUAUCGAUGCCAAAUAUAAGAAUGAAGUGGAUUGUGUGGUGCAAAAGGAGCAAUUUAUGUUGGAAGUAUGCGCACUAACUUCUAGAAGAAACUUUUUUGUCAAUGCUGUCGGAAAAUCAGCAAAAUCGCAUCACAAUAGUUCCAUUAUACGUCUUAUACCGGAGCUUUGUCACAACUUCAUGUUUCCCGGCGAUAUGUGGCUCAAAGCAUUAUUAUUACCGAGCAUUUUGCAUCGCAUUCACUUUAUGCUGCAUGCCGAAGAUUUGCGACGUCGUGUUAAUAAAUUUCUGGGUAUAGCAUGUAACGCGUCAUAUCAGCCGAAGAAAUUAAUGAUCGACGAAUCGUUAUCGCGCGCUAUUGAUAUGGAUGGCAAUGCUAUGGAAGAGCCGCAGGAGCCGAAAAAAGUACUACCUGCCCUGCCCACUCAUGCCAAAGAGACCGUCUUUACGAUGACCAAUUUAAAUGAUGUGUCGUGGAAGGACUACCUAGAACCCGAAGAUAUAUCACGCAAGCAACAAUCAAUGUUUCCGGUUGAAUUGGAUUAUUUCUAUAAAUUUAUAAACGGUUCAAUAUUGGACACUUUGACCUUGAACGAUGAGGAGUGGUCCGAGUCCCAGUUGGAUAUGCCAAAAAAGCAAACGCUCGAACCAUUAGAUAGCGCUACGAAUAUCGGCCGCUUGAAAUUGUGUGAUGCUCCCUUGUCUGAUAAGCGCCACUUAAAUAUAUUGGAACUAACGUUAAGCGGUGAAAACUUACAAUCUGCCGAACAGGCAGACUUUUUGGCAGCGCUAACAACAGCCGGCGCAAAUGAUGUUUUCGAUAUGGAGCGUUUUGAAUUUUUGGGCGAUUCAUUUUUAAAGUUUUCCGUCUCUCUCUAUUUGGUGCAUAAAUUUCCAAAAUGGCAUGAGGGAUUUUUAACGGAAGUCAAAGGUAAAAUUGUAUCGAAUCGCAAUCUUAUCUAUUGCAUGCUCGGCACCGAUAUACCGGAAAGAAUUAGUGGCUAUCUAUUUAAGCCGCCACAUGAAUGGUUGCCACCGCUAGUCGGCCUACCGAGCAAUCUAUUAGCACUUAUUAACACGAACGAGCAAUUACAGAAGACUUUAACACCGAGCGAUCUCUAUUCAAUUGAAUUGAAUGAAGAUGAAAUUAUCAAUGGCAGUUGUACAAGCGAGCGUCUAAGCCAAAUAGCUAGCGGUAGCCAAAGGCAUAGCAUUGACGAUGGACCAGCAGCAGAAGAGCGCCGUUUAGACAAUGAACUAAAUUUGUUUAUAUAUAAAGAGGCAUUGCGCGAUAAAGUCGUGGCCGAUACAUUGGAAGCUAUACUGGGUGUUUGUGUGAAAAAUUAUGGCAUUUAUAAUACUUUCCGUAUGUUGGAAUUCUUUGACAUAUGCAAACCAGAGCCAGGUAAAUCUUUCUCACGUUUGAUGGAUCUAAAUUUCACCAGCGCUCUGCUGCAAACCAGCAUUUCAUCUAAGGAAGUCGACAGUUUUCUUAUAAAUUAUCAAAAAUUGGAGGAGAAUUUGGGUUACAAAUUUCGCGAUCGCGCGUUUCUUUUGCAGGCAUUAACUCAUCCUUCAUUCCGACGAAUCGCAUAACUGGCUGUUACCAAGAACUCGAAUUCAUUGGAGAUGCUAUACUAGACUUUCUGAUUUCGUGCUUUAUAUUCGAACGCUAUCAACAUAUGACGCCUGGCAUGCUUACAGACUUACGUUCGGCAUUGGUCAAUAAUAUACACUUGGUGGUGUGUGUACGUCAUCGCUUCCAUUUGUUUUAUUAGCUGAAAAUAGCGAGUUGGUUGAAAAAUUAAAAUUUUGCCAAAUAUCAAGAAAACACAACUACAUCGUCACUGACGAUGUACAAAUAUUGAUGGACGAGACUUCAGUGCCUACAAUAAAAAGGGCAACGCUUUUAAUAUGGCGACCAAUGUGGAAGUGCCAAAGCGCUAGGUGACAUUUUGAAGCAUUAAUCGCUGCUGUCUAUAUUGACAGUCGCGAUUUGCGUACAACUUGGCAUGUAAUUUACGGUUUGCUAGAACAGGAAAUCAAUCAAUUCACACAAACAUACCGCUGGAUGCUGUACGCCAAUUGGUUGAGCAUAAAUACGCUAAUCCGAAAUUCGCCGAUCCGAUCUUUGACGAGGACGUAUACAUGGUAAAUGUCAAUUCACAUGCCUGGAUCGCAGUAUGGAGGUAAAUGGCUUUGGUCAAAAUGGGAAACUGGCAAAGAAAGCGGCUGCCAGCAUGCGCUUCAAAUUUUAGCGAAACGCUCCACUAAAAUAUUUUUAUACUCUCGCAACAAUAAACAACAAUAAAUUUAGAUACAACACUGUAAUUUGGAACAGCAGAUCACAGUAGCGUGGCGAACACA